CAAAACCGUAAUAGGCUCCUCAAUUAUAGCCUGAUUAGAAAUCAAAACUGAUAGCCUACGAUUCAGAAAUUAAACUACCCUUAAUUUUAGCAAUAUAAUUAUUGUUUAACAAAGGCAGGGCCUUCAAAACCCAUAAAUCCCAUAAAUCACUCGACCAAAUUAUCUUUGCUUCAAAUUCAAAUCAAAGAUUCCAAAUUUAAACGGAGAAAUAUGAUCUUUUAGUUUCCGUCUAUUUCCCAUUUCAUAUAUUCCUUCUCUUCUACAACAUAAACCUAGGAUUAGUGACGGAGAAACUGUUCAACCCGGAUAGCCAAUAAUUUCGAUGGAAAAGUAGCCAAAAGAAGAAGAAGUGGCACCAGCGCCGACGAACUCAAUUAUUUCGACAUAGAAGCAGUCCUACAGAAACAAGAACGGCGACCGUACAUGAUAACGUCGCAGAUCUAAAGAAAUUACAAUUCCGAACAGUCUCAGAUAUGAAGAAAUUACAAAUAGCAACCAUCAUUCGAUACCGGAAACGGGGUGUUUGAAAAUCAAUCGAUAGUAGAAGUAUAUUCUAAAUUUACAAGCAAAAAUGUCGAAGCGAGGACGUGGAGGAUCUGCGGGUAACAAGUUCAAGAUGUCUCUGGGUCUUCCAGUGGCUGCGACGGUGAAUUGCGCCGACAACACCGGGGUAAAGAACCUUUACAUCAUUUCAGUGAAGGGAAUGAAGGGUAGGCUCAAUCGUCUCCCUUCUGAUUGCGUCAGUGACAUGGUUAUGGCCACCGUCAAGAAGGAUAAUGCUGGAGUGAUUGUUAAUCCCAAGGGAAAAAUGAAAGGUUCUGCAAUCAGUGGUGCCAUUGGAAAGGAGUGUGAUGAUCUUUGGCCUAGGAUUGUAAGUGCUGCCAAUGCGAUUGUUUAA